AUGAGCUCUAUUGAAAACCUCAAAUCAUUUGAUCCUUUUGCUGAUACUGGAGACGCUGAGACUCAACCUACAAAUUAUAUCCAUAUUCGUAUUCAACAAAGAAAUGGAAGGAAAACAUUAACAACUGUUCAAGGUGUUCCGGAAGAAUAUGACUUGAAAAGGAUUCUGAAGGUGCUGAAGAAGGAUUUUGCUUGUAACGGCAAUAUUGUCAAAGAUGACGAUCUAGGGGAGGUGAUUCAGCUACAGGGAGAUCAAAGACUGAAAGUAAUGGAGUUCUUAAUUCAGCAACUCGGUCUUCAAAAGAAAAAUAUCAAAAUACACGGAUUUUAA